AUGAUGCUGAGCCCAGAUCAGACGGAUCCCGAGCUGCCAUGGAGCCACUCGGACGCCGAAAGUGUAUUAAGUGAUAUGAAGGCUGGUUGCAUGUCCGAGGAGAUGAACACGGACGCUGAAGGGAAAGCCAAAGCUCUCACACAGCAACCGCUCACCCGCGAGGAAAAGCGACGGCGCAGACGCGCUACAGCCAAGUACCGCUCGGCGCACGCGACUCGAGAGCGCAUCCGUGUCGAGGCUUUUAACGUGGCGUUCGGUGAGCUGCGGAAGCUCCUUCCCACACUUCCACCUGACAAGAAGCUCUCCAAGAUCGAGAUCCUCAGACUGGCUAUUUGUUACAUCUCCUAUCUGAAUCACGUACUGGACGUUUAG